GGCGGUCCCGCACAUGCCCAGCACCGCGGGCAGCCGCCGCCGCCACCCGCCCGGUGCCAGCCCCGGCCCUGUCCCCGUCCCUGUCCCGCCGAUAUGAAUUAUUCUCGGUUUCUCACAACUGUGAGUGCAGCAAGAAAGGAAUCUCCAAUAAGACUUCUGACUGAAUUGAUGCAAAGGUCUCCUCCAUCUCUCAUCUCUCUGGCUGGAGGGGCACCAAACCCUAAUGUUUUUCCAUUUAAGAAGGCUACUGUUGCCAUUGGACAUGGAAAUGCUAUUGAGAUUGGGGAAGAUUUGAUGAAGAGGGCUCUUCAGUACUCCGCCUCAGCAGGGAUUCCAGAACUGUUGUCUUGGUUAAAGAACUUUCAGAGAAAUCUACACAAUCCACCAACAGCCAACUAUAGUCCUGAGCAAGGACAAAUGGAAGUGUGUGUCACAACUGGCAGCCAGGAAGGCUUGUGCAAAGUAUUUGAAAUGCUCAUUAAUCCUGGAGACAACAUCCUUUUGGAUGCACCUACAUAUGCUGGGACACUAGCAGCUCUGAGACCUUUGGGUUGUAACAUUAUUAAUGUUCCUAGUGACCAACAUGGCAUUAUUCCAAACGCUCUAAAAGAAAUUCUAUCUGCUUGGAGUCCAGAAGAUAUAAAAAGUCGUAGUCACAGUCUCCCCAAAUUCCUAUACACUAUUCCGAAUGGCUGCAACCCAACUGGCAACUCUCUGACUGCAGAGCGCAAAAAGGAGAUCUACCAGCUUGCAAGAAAAUAUGAUUUCCUUAUAAUAGAAGAUGAUCCUUACUACUUCCUUCAGUUUGAAAAGCCAUGGGCUCCAACUUUUCUCUCAAUGGAUUUGGAUGGCCGAGUUAUCAGGACUGACUCUUUCUCUAAAAUUCUCUCAUCUGGGUUGAGAAUAGGUUUUCUGACAGGUCCCAAGCCUCUUAUUGACAGAGUUAUUCUACACAUUCAGGUUUCAACAAUGCACACCAGCACUUUCACACAGAUUAUGAUAUCACAGCUUCUUCAGCAAUGGGGAGAAAAGGGCUUUUUGAAGCAUAUAGACAGAGUUGUGGAGUUCUACAAGACCCAGCAGGAUGCAAUGCUUGUUGCUGCUGACAAGUGGUUAAAAGGCUUGGCAGAAUGGUAUCCUCCUGCUGCUGGCAUGUUCUUAUGGAUCAAAAUUAAGGGAGUUUCUGAUACAGAGCAGCUGAUCAUGGAAAAAGCCUUGCAGAAAGAAGUGUUACUUGUUCCUGGAAGAGCAUUCAAUAUCAAGAGUUCAGAGCCUAGUUCUUAUGUCAGAGCUUCCUUCUCUCUAUCUUCUCCAGCCCAGAUGGAUCUGGCUUUCAGGAGACUGGCUGACCUUAUAAAAGAAGCUUGAUGGAAAAGCUGAACAGAGCACAUACAGCAAUCAAAAAUAUCUCCAGAAAAUACUUGUUAACACUUGUAUUUCAUCAGAAUACUUUAAAAACAAGUACAACACUGUGGUUGUUUCCUUUGGAUUGCUUUUCAUUCUUUCAUUUUUAUUUCUAUUUUUUAGCUGAAAUAAUUUGCCUUUUUUUGACAGGACAUUACAUUACUAACUUUAUUCCAAUUCAAAAGCAUUUUAUAUAGUUAAGAACAAAAUGUUCUGUUGUUGUUUCCUGUCAAAUCCAUAGUACUGUUAGAUUUUAUUUGUUGUUUUUUUGUUUGUUUGUUUGUUUUUUCGCUUUUGUUUUCUGUUUGGGUUGGGAAGCAGGGAAGUCAGUUACUUAGGAAGUUACACCUGAGGUGGUCUUAAGCAUUAUUUCUUAAUCCUAGCUGAUACAUUCCUGCAACACCUUAAGUUGGAAUUGUUUUUGUGUGCCACUUUCCUUCUUGGCUCGCUGUACAGUAUCUGGUUUUGAAGAUUUGAAGAUCAAUAUUUACUUUUACUAAAGUUUGGUCAGAUAAAAAUGAUGUAAGGAUGUUUUAAAUUUGAAACUGACAAAAUCAAGGUGUAAGCAAAACAACUUUACUUAAUGACUCUGCAGCCCAACCCACAUCUCUAGGUUUCCCUCCAAUCCUCGCUGCAAGCUGGUGCUGUGGCUGAAGCCAGCCCCAGCACAGAGUCCCUUGGGGUGACACAGCACCAGGGGGAGUCUGCAGUCCCGAAGCUGCUCCUAGGGCACCAACACCAUCUUUGAAGUUGCAAAUCUUUCAAGAUGAAUCUCUGCAUUUUUACACUUUUGAUGGUGCUAAUGGAAGUCCAAACUAACAGUGUCCUCUCUAUACUGCUGCUUAACAGCAAGUUUUCAGGUUCAACUCAGUUUCAUAACCACGUGUAGCGAUUUUGAAACCUCAGACUUUUCUAUCAUCAAUAAAACAAUUUUUAUCUCAUGUUCAAUUUAGAAAAUAAUUUUAUACAAUAGAAUGAGCUGACAUAUCUAUUUAAUUAAAAUAAUAUAGCUGUUGUAUUUUACAGAGGAAUAAAUGGGAAUGUCAUUUAAGACUGAUUAGAGCUCUCAGGCAAAUACUACUGCCAUUGUUAAGCCAGACCCGAAUUAGAAAAAUGUAAUCAAAAUAUCAUUAUUAAGCAAGCCUUACAUUUGUGAUGUGUUGAAUAAUACUCUUCACCUUUCAGAGCUCUGAAUGAUUAUCUAGUUCAAUGUAAGGAAAAUGCAGUCCCAUUUGCUGCACAUCAGAUGUUUUUACUAUCAGCUAAUUUAAUUUGGAGAGAGCUUGGUUUUCUUUCCCUGACUGUGGUGAACCAUCUAAAAUUAAAUUAAUAUCCUGAACAAUGCAAAGUGAACAAUGGUAGUGAAAUCUUAUAUGCACAUGCUGUUUAACUGAACCUCAUAGUACAGUUUCUGGUCUCCUGGGACACAGGAUUCACUGUGAUUAAAUGCUCCUGGAAGAAGGCAUUUAGAUACAAAAGGAAAAUGCCAGGCAGCAGAUUCACAUGGAAAUGAUCAGGUAACGAAGGUUUUGUUAGUGCUCUUUUUCCCUUUACAUUUCAGCCCUCCAAAAGCAAAUAGCCACUUUUAUUCAUAGCUGCAUUUGGAGAUCUGAUGCAAGUAGUACAAUCUACUGUUGGGGAAGAGAGGAUACGGGGAAGGAGAGGGCUCCAUUUUGUAAGCACAUCUCUGGUGCUACCGGGGUAGGGGCAGCAACGGCUGUGGAAGGGUUUGUAGCAACACUACAGAGAGCAGCCUGAGGUGCUCAGCUCCAAGCAGGCUGGGGCUCCAGAUAUUUUGCUGAGUGGAACAUUGUUUGCACUCGCUGUCGUACCUACACCUCUGUUCCAUUGCAUUUUCAGACCUUUGGUAGACAAAAAAUGCCUAGAAAUUCUGGACAACUAGCCCCUAUACAUGACCCCAAUGAUUGUACAAGGACUGUGAAUUUCAGCACAUUCUAUUCAUACCACUUGUGCACGUGUUGUGGCACACAUACAGACUCACUGUGUGGCAUGUCACACUUCUGCUUUGGGAGUUGUACAGGUGUAGCAAGGGGGUGCAGUUUUUCCCAGCAAGGAUGGAAAUACUAACUUUGAUAACUCCAACAUAAUUCCCAAAUUUCUGCAUAAAUUGUAUGUGCAAAUUUUACGUCCACACAGGUCAUUGAUGAGAAGGAAAAUACACGCCUCUACUUCAAAAUGAGAGCCUCCCAGCAUAAGUCUGAUGAAUGAAUAAUUGGGGGACUGUGGGAAAACCUAUGGGGAAUUCAUUAGAAGAGAGAAUGUAUGUCCAUAUACAGUUAUGACAAUUCUUAUGCUAAACUGUGAGCACACAGAGAAUUAUUUCAUCCAACCAAAUGUGUCCAUGAGUAUCAGUGGUGGUAUGCAGGAAUUUACAGAGGACGCGUUGUGGAAAACGUUUGGCUUAGUUUUGGGGGAUUGUCCCAUAAAUUCUGAACAUAAAUUUCAUUUUAAACUUGAUUCUUCAAUAAUGGUUUGCUCUGUGUAGGACUUUGUCUUUUAGAACCUUGUGGCCUAUAGAUCUGCAGUACUUUCAGUUCUGCCUUUGCAGUCCAUAUUCUCAUACACUGGAGUAAAUAUUUAAAAGAGCUCUACUGCACUAUUCAUGUCCUAAUCUGCCCUGUUUGCUUUAUUAUUUAAUAGCAGUUUUCAAGCAGCCCACUGUAGGCUAUGUCUUAGGUGGGAAGAGAAUGAUUGCAGCGCUUGAACUGUAAUCAUUCUGAGUGAAAAGCACUCUGCAAAUACAAAGAAAUAUCCAUUUUCAUUCUUCUAACAUUGCUAUUAGGAAUGCCAGUACCUCACUUUUCUCAUAACAGCAGCUGUGGAGGCUUUUGUGUCACCCUGCAAAGCUCAUAUAUCGCUAUACGAGGAAGGAUAAGGAUCUUGCUGAUUCUUUUUGAGCAUUAGUAUCCCAGAGAUGUGUUAGCAAAUCUGACUGGUGCUAAAAGAUUCUCUGCUAGCUAUACAGAAUUUAGAAAAUAUAUUCAAUAUUGUAUUUUGUUUUACUUUCAAAUUAAAUAAUAUCUGGAUUGGUAUAACAAAUGAAUAUGCCAUGAUGUGACCUGGAAAAAAAUAACAUGAAGGUAUUUCAGUUUUGUGACUUACAUAGAACUUUGAACUUUAUCUUUCGCUGUAUUUGGCUAAUACUGAACUUUGAACAUAAAAGGUUUAAGAGAGGAUUUUUCUGCACUUUCCUCCAAAAAAAUCAGGCACUAACAGAUGUAGAAUACCAUUGGCCUGGCCCAGAAUAUUGAGUUCCUGGAUAUUGAAUGCUGCAAUUUGCAUCCACAUCCAGCUUGAGAUGCCAGCCCUAAAACCUUUCUAGUGUCCAGGUACAUUAGCAGAUAGGAAAUGUGAUCUUUUCAGUACAUAUCACCACUCCUGUAGCCACUGAGGACUUGAUGUAGCAACUUUGUUCUCCAUAGUUCUGGAAUAUCCACCAGAAGGUGCAUCAGCACUUGACAGAGCAUCAGCAGAGUCACUGAAGCACAAUGCUUGACAUUUGUGGGUCCUCUCAUAUGUGUCUCCUGAAAACAUCUCCCUGAUUUGUGCCAUUUUAAUAACUGGUCCUGUAGUGUUUUCAUGUCAAGUUUUUUGAAGCACAGGGCAAGAAAUGGGGAAAACAAACAAACAAACAAACAAAAACAAUACACUAAUCAUGAGGCAAAAUUACGUUAUUAAUAUUUACAAAC